AUAUUAGGGAUUAUCCAGAAUCUCGUAUUCGAUAAUCCUUCUUAAACACAUCAUCUAGCGGGUGGGUAGGUGCAGUUUAAUCCGGUAAAGUAAAGUACGGAAUUUAGACAUACUAAGAUACUCUUCAAAGGAGGCGAAUCAUUAUCCGGGAACUUUCCGAAACAGUGUCCUUCAAAAACGCACCGAAAAAGUUAAAAUAAAAAGAAUAAAAUAAUGCCAAAAAGUAAAACCAAGAAAAGGAGCGGGACAGAUGCGAAUGAGAAUAGGCCUAAACGCAGCAGACAAUCCCAAGGCGGUUUGGUGGAAACACCGGUUAACAGUGCCAGUCAGGGAGGCGGCGAUGUAGAAGCGCGGGAAUCACCAUUACAAGUGGGCCAGAUUCAGACAGGCAGCGCCAGAGGCAGACUGGCAACCCACACAGAUUCCAUCCCACCUGUGGAACAUCUAGAUAGUCUUGCACAGCUAUUAAUUUCUAAUUCAGUGGCUGCAUCUACCCGUAAAACCUAUGCAACAAGCAUUCAAAAGUUAUUCAACUUUAGAAAUAACUAUCAAUUACCAGACACUUGGCCAGUCCCUAUUAAAGAUUUACUUCUUUUUAUUGCUUAUUACGCCCAGCAAGGUCUGUCCGCCUCUUCAAUUUCUACUUAUAUGUCGGGAAUCGGUUAUGCCCAUAAAGUGGGUAGUCUAACAGACCCCACAAAAUCCUUCUUAGUGAUUAAGGCAAUUGAGGGCCUACGCCGCCUAAAAGGGAGGCAUGUUAAUGAUUUAAGGGCUCCUAUUACACUUACCUUACUUGAUAAAAUGAUUUACAGUCUAAAAUAUAUAUGUAGCAACAAAUAUGAACAAGUCAUGUUCACUGCAGCUUUCUCCUUGGCAUUCUUUGGUUUGCUAAGAGUCAGUGAGUUCACAGUACCCAGCACUAUAUCGUCUAACCAUAAACAGUUGUUAGUUAGUGAUGUUCAUCUAUCUAAUAACACAGUCUUUUUGAAAAUUAGAUGGUCAAAAACUGAUCAGCUAGGUCUAUCGGUCACAUUACAAAUUAAAGCUAAUGGUGGGAUCCAUUGUCCAGUUAACAGUCUAUCAAAGUACCUUAAGAACCGUCCCCAUGCAGCCGACAGGGAUAAUCUGUUUAUCCACUUCAAUACCAAGCCCCUGACAAAGUAUCAAUUUUGUUCACUUUUACAGAAAGCUUUACAAUUUAUAGAUGCUCCCGAUCAUGUCAGAUCACAUAGCUUUCGCAUUGGUGGAGCAACAUACCUCCACAGUAUUGGGGUGCCCGACGACAGAAUUAAGGUCAUGGGACGCUGGAAGUCUGAGGUUUUCACUCGUUAUAUCAGGUUAAACCCCUAA